GUCGAGCGAGUCCCACUCUCCGGCGAGCUGCUCCCAAGGUCUGACUCGGGAGCUGUGGCCGGUAGCGAUGGGAAGCGGCGGCGGAGGGAACAAAGUUUGCCACUCGUGGGCACUUGGCUGCUCGCGUCCUUGAUACCCCUGGCGGGAGCCGGUGCCUGAGAGCGGCGAGCUGGCAGGCGGCACGUUGCUGGCGGCUCUGCUACAGCAAAGUUUCAGCAAUUUUAAUGUACUACAAUCCAGGAUUCUAAUUAUCAGCCCUCCCCACCCCCACCUCUCGGUCUAGGAUUUUUGAAGCUAUAUGGAGGGAUCUCAGGAUGGUGUGCACGAGGAAAACCAAAACUUUAGUGUCCACUUGCGUGAUUUUGAGUGGAAUGACUAACAUCGUCUGUCUGCUGUACGUGGGCUGGGUCACCAACUACAUUGCCAGUGUUUAUGUGAAAGUGCAGGAGCCGAUCUCAGAAAAAAAGUUAGAGGAAGACAAAGGGGACACUUUAAGGAUUAUAGAAAGACUGGACCAUUUGGAAAAUGUCAUCAAGCAGCACAUCCAAGAAGCUCCACCAAAGCCGGAAGAAAAUCCUGCUGAAGCAUUCACUGACUCCUCUCUCUUUGCUCACUGGGGCCAAGAUCUUAGUCCUGAGAACAGACGAGUCGCGCUGAAGCAAUUCCAGUAUUACGGCUACAACGCUUACCUGAGUGAUCGCCUGCCACUGGACAGGCCCCUGCCUGACCUCAGGCCUAACGGGUGCAGAAACCUCACAUUUCCUGACAGCCUUCCUGAGGUCAGCAUUGUAUUCAUAUUUGUUAAUGAAGCGCUCUCAGUGAUUCUGCGCUCCGUUCAUUCAGCCAUUGACCGGACUCCUGCUCACCUUCUCAAAGAGAUUAUUUUAGUUGACGAUAACAGUAAUAAUGAAGAGCUCAAGGAGAAAUUAAAUAAGUACGUUGAUGAAGUGAAUGCCCGUAAGCCUGGUUUCAUCAAGGUCGUUCGACACAGCAAACAAGAGGGACUGAUUCGAUCUCGAGUUAGUGGGUGGAGGGUAGCCACAGCACCAGUAGUCGCUCUCUUUGAUGCCCAUGUGGAAUUCAACGUGGGAUGGGCUGAACCAGUGCUCACCAGGAUAAAAGAAAACAGGAAAAGAGUCAUUUCUCCUUCAUUUGAUAACAUUAAAUAUGAUAACUUUGAAAUAGAGGAGUAUCCUCUCUCAGCACAGGGGUUUGACUGGGAGCUGUGGUGCCGAUACCUGAACCCUCCUAAGUCAUGGUGGAAAUUGGAGAACACGACUGCUCCAAUAAGAAGUCCUGCAUUGAUUGGAUGCUUCAUAGUAGACAGAGAGUAUUUCCAAGAGAUUGGCUUAUUGGAUGAAGGCAUGGAAGUAUACGGAGGAGAGAAUGUGGAGCUUGGAAUCAGGGUAUGGCAGUGUGGAGGCAGUGUUGAGGUUCUGCCUUGCUCCAGGAUCGCCCACAUCGAAAGAGCACAUAAACCCUACACAGAAGAUCUCACUGCUCAUGUCCGAAGAAAUGCACUAAGGGUGGCUGAAGUCUGGAUGGAUGAAUUUAAAAGCCAUGUCUAUAUGGCGUGGAACAUACCCCAGGAGGACUCCGGAAUUGAUAUUGGUGAUAUAUCUGAGAGGAAGGCCUUGAGGAAAAAGCUCCAGUGCAAGACCUUUAGGUGGUAUCUUGUCAGCGUGUAUCCAGAAAUGAGAAUGUAUUCAGAUACCAUUGCCUAUGGGGUGCUGCAGAAUUCCCUGAAAAGUGAUUUGUGCCUUGAUCAAGGGCCAGACACGGAGAAUAUCCCAAUCAUGUAUAUCUGCCAUGGAAUGACACCACAGCAGGGAACUGCACUGAUGGUGAACACCGGAGCUUUGCUGUUCUUGCUGCAUUAAAGAUGCAGUGAUGUAUUCAGCAUGCAUCUUCCAUUCUCUGUUUACUUUUAGUACUUUCAGACUCUGAAAUUAGCCUUAAAAUUGUGAGGUCUGCACUGACUGACUCACUAAUGAGUUUGCAGCAGUUUGGGAGGAUAAAAAUAGCAGUACAGCAUAUGAAAUCACAGGGUUUGUUGAAACAACAGGAAGUUUAAAUCAAACAGCUGGAGAACACUGAGAUGGUUACCACAAUAAACCCAGAAUUUUUAUGGAUCAUUCUGAUUUGCAUCAAGUGUGGAGGUCUGUGACCAAAGGGCAAGCACAGAAAGAACAUGGUAUGUAAGAAGGAGAUGAUGACAAUGAUGGUGAAUCAGAGCUGUGAAUUUCAGAUUGAGUGUUGGUCUCAUCUAUUUUAUGCUAACACUCAACAUAUUUCCAUUGUUGCAGCAAAAAUCAUCUAAUACCAUUGCAUUGGUGUAGCAGCACAAGGUGAUAGAAGUUGUCCAUGCUGUAGUGUGCCUGCAGUGUUUUCAGCAUAUCAGAACACAGCAGGUGACUUCAGAAGUAUGUGUGAUGUCAGUGUUACGUAAGCACCAGGGAAUCAGUGCUGCAGAAAUAUGGCAGUGGCUGCCUCAGCAUGGUUGUAUGUAUCUAUUUAUGUCUAACCAUGAUACUAGGUCUGAUGUAAACAUCAUAUUUAACCUGUUCCUUGUUAGUAGCUAUGACUUUGGUGCCUUUAGACCAUCUGGAGCAAUCAAGUUGGUUUUUUUAUCACAGAUUAUAUUUUUUUUAAUUUCAAUAUGAUGGGUCACAGGAAUAACUGUGUUUGCAAAUAGGGACUGUGAGAAUUGGGACCUUCUUCAGUGCUUAAGGCAAAUUUAAAUAUUAACUGUCAAGUAAGCUAUUCUGCCAGAUCUGUGACAUACUUGAUUAGUACUCUGCAGGAUACCUAAUUUCCUUAAUUUUUGUUGGUUUAGAUGAAAACAACAUUGUAAAAUGAACUUACUUGAAAGAACUGUAUUAUUUAUAUUGCAAAUACUCAGUGACUCUUAGUAACGAGUGACUGAUGUGCUUAGUUUUAGUAUUAAUUCUAAACAGAGGGCUCUUUUCUUUAGGUCUGUGUCCUACAGAUACCAUUAUAGGCUAAAUCUACUGCAGAUAAUAAAAUAAAGGCUCUUAAGAGAUGCAGAAAAUGCAGGAGAAAAUCAGUGAAAUAAUCUGCCUUUCAUGAUGAAGGCAGCUUAGCCUCACAGCCUAGUGAUAGCUCAGCAGCCUGAAGCUUAGCAUAGCUUUAGCUACUCCCUGUUGUACUCGAAGGUCAUUUAGACAGCCUAGGUUCAGAACUGUUUGUUUUACUUUGCUGCCUCAUCUACCUCAUAAGCUGUUACUCAUAAACAUUGAGCCUCUCCCGCUUGGCCUGUGGGUACCUGUAAGGCCUCUGUUUCUAUGAAGCCUUCACAGGAUGAGCAAAGGCCCCAGAAAUCAAGUACUAGUGAAUGAAAAUACGAGGGAGGUAUUGUGCUAUUUGCACGAUUAACCAGUGUACCUUUGCAUAUUACAGCACUGACUCUUUCUUUUGUUUGCCAAGGUUUACAACCUGAUUUGUGCAAGGGGCAUGGUAUGAAGUUAUCAGUGUUUUUCAUCACAGGAGAAAUGAAGCUCACUUGGCCAAGCAUAGUAAGACUUCCUACACAGCUAGCACAGUUGAAUUGGCUGAGUGUCCUACUUGAUAUGAAAGCAAUUUUCUGCUUUUUAAAGAGCUUUAUUUAUUUAUUCAUUCCUAGUCUAGAAAGUCUUUUUGAAAGCUAAGUACUUGCGGUAAGAAGUCUUGAUGUGUCUUUACUUCUAGUGUACUUCCUCAUUUCCAUCUUCCCUUUAAAACGUAUCAUUAGCACUAGAGAUUCAGUCAUGAAAAUGUAUCAGGGGAUGCUUUUCUUUGCCCUUUUCUUGGGGACCAGAAAAGCAGAAGAGAGCAGGAAUCUCUGGGAUGUGAGCACAGUGUUACAGCCUGAGACAUUUCAAUUUUAUUUGCACAGCUUUGUGAACUUUGCAACUUAUUCAUGAACACAGGCAGGAUCGAAGCUACAGUCUUUCCAUGAG